ACGCUCCGAAGGCUGGUCCGCCACGCGCUCAUCGCCAUCCACCCGAGGCUGGGCGCGCUCCUGCCCUACAAGAGGAUCUUCCCGGACGUGCACCGCUUCUUCAUCGACCUGAUGAAGGACACGGUGGAGCAGCGUGAGCGGCACAAGGUGGUGCGCAACGACUUCGUCCAGCUCAUGCUGCAGGCGCGCUCGGCCGAGCUGGCCGACGCCGACGCGGACCCGGAGCACCACGUCGAGCUCACGCCCGAGGUGAUGGCGGCGCAGGGCUUCAACUUCUUCGCCGCCGGCCUCGACACCUUCGCGAACACGGUCGGCUUCACCCUCAAC